AUGACUGGUCGUGGAAAGGGAGGUAAGGGAUUGGGCAAAGGAGGCGCAAAGCGUCACAGGAAGGUGCUUCGCGACAACAUCCAAGGCAUCACCAAGCCGGCCAUUCGUCGGUUGGCUCGACGUGGAGGCGUGAAGCGAAUCUCAGGUCUCAUUUACGAGGAGACUCGCGGUGUCCUCAAGGUCUUCCUUGAGAACGUGAUUCGUGACGCUGUGACCUACACGGAGCACGCGAAGAGGAAGACUGUCACCGCUAUGGACGUCGUCUAUGCCUUGAAACGCCAGGGACGCACCCUCUACGGUUUCGGCGGUUAA